GAUAUGCAAGGUCAUAAUUUUUUCUGCGUGGUAUCUUCCCUUUUUGGCAUCGUCGUGGUGAUAUCUUCGCCUGUUGGUAUCACAAGUUGGUGCCGUCAUGUUACUCUACCUGCCUGCUAUUACCUUGUGCCUGUUAUACCUAAUUGUGCCUGGUCUAUCGGUAUCGUUGAUUGUGGUGUUAACAUUUAUCGAUAUCGCUGUUUGUGCA